AUGCCUAUCAUUCCAGUGAAGGUGACCAUGGGGUCCCAGACAGCAGAAUGUUACGCAUUCUUAGAUCCUGGCAGUAAUGUAUCAUUUUGCACUGAUGGUUUGGCAGAGAAGUUGCAGGCAACUGGUACUGGAAUGAAACUUACUAUGAAGACAAUGGGUGCUUCAUGUAAGAAGUGGCAUAUACCUACCCAGAAAGAUGUAUCCACAUGGGAACAUUUGGGAGAUAUUGAGUUGCCAAGGUUGCAAAUCAGUAGCAAUAUCGAUUUGCUUAUUGGUAACAAUGUUCCAGCAGCAUAUGCACCUAUAGAUGUAAGGACAGGACCACCAGGGAGUCCAUAUGCUACAAAGACGCCUUUAGGAUGGGUUGCCUGGGGUGUUAAGAAAGGUGGAAAGAUGAAGUAUUCAAGUAAUUUUGUCAUUGCUGACAAUAGUUUAGAGAAGUUAUAUAGACAGAGUCUGAACUAUGACUUUCCAGAGAGAACUGUUGAUGACAGAAGAGAAUGGUCGUGGGAAGACAGGCGCUUUAUGGAAGUGAUGGACAGUUCUUGUAAGAUGGUGAAUGGUCAUUAUCAAGUGGAUCUCCCUCUGAGAAAUCCAGAUGUGAAAUUGCCUAACAAUCGGCAUAUGGCAGAGCAGAGGUUAAAGGGUCUGCAGGCGAAAAUGAACAAGAAUUCACAAUUCAAGGCAGACUACAUAGAGUUCAUGGAGAAGGUGAUUGCAAAUGGGUAUGCGGAAAAGGUUCCUGAUGGAGUGACGGCUAAGAAGGGGAAAGAAUGGUAUAUACCCCAUCAUGGUGUAUAUCACCCUAGAAAGCCAAACAAGAUCAGAGUGGUGUUUGACUGUGCAGCGAAGUGUGAUGGUACAUCGCUGAAUGAUGUCUUGCUACCAGGGCCAAACCUAAUGAAUGAUCUUAAAGGAGUACUCAUGAGAUUCAGAGAGUUUCCUGUAGCCUUCGCAAGUGAUAUUGAGUGCAUGUUUUAUCAGGUGAAGGUGCCUGAGAGUCAACGAGACCUGUUGAGAUUUUUAUGGUUACCAAAGGGAGACUUAGACCAGAAGCCCAAGGUUUAUCGUAUGGCAGUGCAUUUGUUUGGAGCUGUGUCUGCACCAUCAUGUGCUAAUUAUAGCUUGAGAAGAACUGGUAUAGACAACAUACGCAAUGCAAGAGAAAAAAACAGUCAACACACUACAUAA